GCUUGGAGAAUUCUCAACUUCUCCAAAGCUCUUACCAAAACCCGAAACUCUUCCAUUGUUUAAAGACUUAUUUUCUUGUUUUUGGUCAACAUAUACAUUCACAUCAAAUUUGUAUCAGCCUUUUUUGAGGUACGAGUAUCCAUGGCGGCAGGAAGCUUGCUGGCUGCCUCAAGCACUGUAAUCUACCAGUUCGGACGUAACACUGCUUUAACGACAAAACCCAACUCGCUUGCUGUUGGCUUAUCGGGCUUGGCUCGAGAUACAAUGUUGCAGAGAAAGGGUAGUCAUAUUUUGAGGAAAAAGAACGGCUUGAAUAUUUUCAUGGUGGUGCAGCAGACAAGAAAUGAGAACGAAAACGAGGUUAUAGAAAAGAGCGAUACUGAGAAAAUUUCUGAUAGCAUGAAAGGUUACAAUCACGUCACCCUUUCCAGGGUCGAGGAGAGAUUAGCUAGGAAGAAAUUGGAGAGAACCACUUACCUAGUUGCCGCUACGUUGUCUAGUUUAGGCAUCUCUGCCAUGGCAGUUAUGGCUGUUUAUUACAGGUUUUCAUGGCAAAUGGAGGGUGGAGAAGUUCCACUGCUGGAGUUGGCUGGUACAUUUGCUCUCUCAGUUGGUGCUGCUGUGGGGAUGGAAUUUUGGGCAAGGUGGGCUCAUCGAGCUCUAUGGCAUGCUUCAUUGUGGCACAUGCACGAGUCUCAUCACAGACCACGAGAGGGACCCUUUGAGCUCAACGACGUGUUCGCAAUAAUCAACGCAGCCCCUGCCAUUGCUCUGCUCCUCUACGGUUUCUUAAACAGAGGUCUCUUCCCGGGACUCUGUUUUGGCGCCGGCUUAGGGAUCACGGUUUUCGGUAUGGCCUACAUGUUCGUCCAUGAUGGUCUUGUCCACCGUCGAUUUCCAGUUGGGCCAAUUGCUCAUGUUCCUUAUCUACGGAAAGUAGCUGCAGCCCACCAACUUCAUCAUGCUGACAAAUUUCAGGGAGUGCCAUAUGGGUUGUUUUUGGGACCUCAGGAAUUGGAAGAAGUGGGAGGCAUGGAGGAAUUGGAGAAAGAGAUCAAGAGAAGAACUAAACUGUCCCAAAAUAUUCCAUAAACAAUUCUUUUUCGAUUGAAUUCUAUUUGUACUUGUUCAUUGUUUGCAUAACUGUAUCUAAAAAGGAAAAAUAUCUGUAGUUAGGAAUAAUC